GACCCUCUGAGGUACACAGACAAACGAGAGUGCCCUAUUGCGAACAACAGUCUGCGAUUCAUCAAGAACCUGUGGGAAGAAAAUCUAGUCAGUGGGCAUUCAUAUCGCUGUUUUGUGAAAAGGAAGCAGCAUAACUUAUCCGAUUUUGCUCCGGAAACCACAGGAAUGAUUCCAUAUCGCUUAAUGGGGAUUUAAAGUUAACCGAGUAAGUGGUUGCUACGGCAAGUAAUUCUGUUUUACAGUCUAAAGAUCAUCGCUUCAAACUUAUCCCAAUGUGGGAUUUUGUUCAUUCGGAAUGCUUGACUUCCGUAACUAUACAUUUAACCUUUUUACUUACGCUUAAAGGUGACUUGGUGUUGUGCAUAUAGUUGGUUUGAACGUAAUCGUAAUUCUUUGAGCAACACAAUGUUACUGGACGCUGGUCAUCAGUUCUCUGGUUUGGGUGUUGGUACGUUUGCCAGGCAUCAUUCAUCAAGCGAAAUACAAGACAGAGACUUGAGUCUAACCCAGAAUACCUUUGUCGACUUUAAACUGAACCACGACCUCUCUCCUGGACAGAGCUCUGCUUUUACCUCUCAAGCAGCUGGUUAUCCCGCUGCGGCUUUGGGUGCGCAUGCAGCUCAUGUCACGCAGUACGCGAGUUCGCAUUUCAACUCCACCAGGGACUUUCUCUUUCGCAGCCGUGGCUUCGGCGACUCCUCUCCAACCAGCAGUCAACAUUCCAUAUUCGGCCCCACAGCGGGCUCUCUGCAUCACUCCCACACAGACGGCCAAGGCCACUUAUUGUUCCCAGGAAUCCACGACCAGCAUGGAUCCCACGGCUCUCCAAAUGUUUUAAAUGGACAAAUGCGACUGGGACUACCGGGUGAAGUUUUCGGGCGAUCGGACCAAUAUCACCAGGUAUCCAGCCCCAGGACCGACCCCUACUCUGCAGCCCAACUUCAUAAUCAGUAUAGCUCCAUGAACAUGGGAAUGAACAUGGCAGCCCAUCAUCACCCUGGUGCCUUCUUCCGCUACAUGCGACAGCAGUGUAUUAAGCAGGAGUUGAUUUGCAAGUGGAUAGACCAGGAACAGCUAAGCAACCCGAAGAAAAGUUGUAAUAAAACUUUCAGUACCAUGCACGAGCUGGUCACCCACGUCUCCGUGGAGCACGUAGGGGGACCAGAGCAAAGCAACCACAUCUGCUUCUGGGAAGAGUGCCCACGAGAGAGCAAACCCUUUAAAGCGAAAUAUAAACUGGUUAAUCACAUUCGAGUACAUACGGGAGAAAAACCCUUUCCCUGCCCGUUUCCUGGAUGUGGGAAGGUUUUCGCACGAUCGGAAAACCUGAAGAUCCACAAGCGAACACAUACAGGAGAGAAACCAUUCCUUUGUGAGUUCGGGGGCUGCGACAGGCGCUUUGCGAAUAGCAGUGACCGAAAGAAGCACAUGCACGUUCACACUUCUGACAAACCAUAUCUGUGCAAAAUGUGCGACAAGUCAUAUACUCACCCCAGUUCCCUGAGGAAGCACAUGAAAGUUCACGAAUCCUCACCUCCCGGGUCUGAGUCAUCGCCCGCAGGCAGCUCUGGCUAUGAAUCCGCGACGCCCCCAGGCCUGGUGUCUCCGUCUACUGAAACCCAAAGUAACAACAACUUGUCGCCCGUGUCGGCGGUUCACACGAACAACGGACAAAGCAGCUUAUCCUCCAAUUUUAGUGAGUGGUACGUUUAGGACCGAAUCAUCGGAGUCCAGACGAAAAUCGCCGAACAGAAGAAGAUAAAAUAAAGGAUACAAUUUCAUUGAAGACUUGCCCGAAGGCAUCCACCUAUACAGUCGUAACAUGUUGCGAUACAUAGCCUUUACUACAUCAGGAUAUUACAUUGCGCAUACAACAACCAGCUGAACACACAUGUAUUUAAAAUGUGUAAAUAAUAAAUAAUGACUUGCCCUCUAUCUCACGGUUGCAUUUUAUGUAUUUGAUGUGUAAGUGUUACUUAAGUGAUAGAUGUUUCUGAAACUGAACUUUUAUAUGCACAUGCUGUGAUACUUCUGUAUUAUACUGUUAAAUAAUGUGAUCCCAAUAGGGCAACUUGAUUGUAAAACAACUAGCCUAUUAACAGGAAACUGUGCCAAAGUUAACACAACACAAACAGACAGAAUAAUUACUAGUGAAUGUCAUUUUCGUUUGCUACGUUUCAUUUGUGACGUUCUGUGCUUUGCGAGCUUCAGUUGUGAAAUAUGUAGGGACUAAAUGUGGAGAAAAUAAACGCUUGCCGUUGAUUUUGGGUUAUUACUGAAUCUCUCCUUUUGUAAAUAUUAACAGUCAUAUUUAUCUACGUGUAAUUAAAUUAAAGUAUUUACUUGCCACAGAUACAACAAUAUUUAUAAAGAAUGUUUCUUUACAGUAAAUGUACAAUUAUGACCCAAACAUGAACAUGUGUUGAAUGUGUUUUUGUCCAAAAUUAAGAGGCUUCAUGUCAUCAUUGUAUUGAGUUGCAAGAACUGCUGAAUAUAGAAAUAUAAUAAAAAGUGUUGCAAAGUUCA